AUGGCAUACAACAAGCCCUACGAUCCCGACGCCUUGCCCAGGUUUGCCGAACCUGAGCAAAAACCCGGCUCUGCGCCGCCGCCCCAGACCUACCAGCAAAACCGUUACGAGAAGAAACCUCCUCCCCCAGCCCCGAGAGACAAUUACCCUCCACCGCAUCCUCAGCCAACUCACAGCCAAACCUUUCAUAGUGGUGGUGGAGGAGGAGGAGGAGGAGGAUCGGGGGCACCUCGCCCUGCUCCUCAGCCUCAAAGUCGCCCUCCACCACAGCAGCAGCAUCACCCGCCGCCCUCGCCUGCCCCGGAUGCCACUGGUGCUGACCCGACGCUGCUGCCUCUCUUCCGGGCCGUAGACAAAGAUGGAACCGGUCAGCUUUCCGAAAAGGAACUAUCCGCAGCUCUUGUCAACGGCGACUGGACCUCUUUUGACAUUCAAACCGUGCGAAUGAUGAUUCGCAUGUUUGACUCCGAUCGCAACGGCACCAUCAACUUCGACGAGUUCUGUGGCCUGUGGUCCUUUCUCGCCUCGUGGCGCACUCUAUUCGACCGCUUCGACGUCGAUCGCAGCGGAAACAUUUCCCUUCAAGAGUUCACAGACGCUCUCAUCGCAUUCCGGUACCGCCUCAGUCCCCAAUUUGUCGAAUUGCUCUUCCGCACCUACGACAAGCGCAACGAGGGUGUCAUGAGCUUCGACCUCUUUGUACAGAGCUGCAUAUCUCUGAAACGCAUGACAGACGUUUUCAAAAAGUAUGACGACGAUCGGGAUGGAUUCAUCACGUUGAGCUUUGAGGACUUUUUGAGUGAAAUCUUGAAGCAGCUCAAGUAG